UAUCUUUGGAUCAGAUAUCUAUCAUGCGCAAAGCACGGGUGGCCUGCAGACUUUUCUCUUCGGGCCGACACGCGAUGGACUGUACUCCGAACAAGUUCGCGCAAGUGUGAACUCGUUCUUUGAAGUGAAUGGUUUGUCGCCUUCGGGUGAUCCAGAAAUACUUUCGCAGAGUAAGGCGGACUUUCUCUCUAGCAUUGCUGUCUCAGCCACGAAGAGAGGUGCUAGGAGAAGACGUUCGGCAGCGACACGAGUG